UGGUUCAAUGGCAUCGCCAUGUCACUCACCGCCGCCGUCGCCGCCGCGGUGGGCGCCCUAGCGUCCAAUCCCGUCCUCACUGCCUCCAGCAAUGGCACCUUCCUCGAGUUGACAGCCAUCGUCACGCGCAACAAUAUCUCCGCGCUCGAGUGCUGGCGACUCACAGAUCCCUUUGUGACUUCUGCCGACGCAGGGACCGCUGGGGCUUCCACGAUGGACAUCAACGAUCUGGCAAACGCGACGUACACCGUCCUGCCACCCCGUUUCGAAGGCGGAGUCCACAACAGUCCGCAUCCUCAGCUCGUCAUCUUUCUGUCGGGAGUCGCGCAUGUGACGCUCCCUUUCGGCACAGACGACGCUCUCGUGCUCGGAGGGGGCAGUGGCAUGAUCAUCGCCGCGGACACCACUGGUUCUGGCCACAACACGAGCUACCCCUCCAACCAGCAGACGCGCGCCCUGCAAAUUCCUUUCACAGACGGUGUCAUUCCGCCUCACGUUGUCGUCAAUGAAGGUGCCUGCACCGGCGACCAGAUCGUCACGACAACAACGGACUAGUACUGAAGGGAGCAUGGAGGUUGCGAGUCAGUGGAGCGGGAAAGGAGAGGCGGACGUGCGAGGGCGGCAACUUGUAUACCCAUCCUACAGUCACCUUAUUGUUUCUUGGGUUUGAUGGAAUGCAGUCUGGUACGGACGCACCUGAGUACGUAGCCACCGUGCUCGCUUCAUCUAUCAUAGUGCGCCCCGCGGGUCUUGAAUGUGGACGCCUUUUC